GCAGCGGGGCGCGCCGGAGCCUGCGAGCCCGCGAGCCAGCAGCGAGCGGCGGCCGCGGCCUCUCUCCCCCUCGCGCUGCGCCCGGCGUUGCCCGCCCGCGGCCCCGAUCGUGCCGGGGGCCCGCGCCCCCCGCGGCAGGGAUGCAUCAUGGCCACGCUGUCUUGCCGGGUGCAGUUCUUGGACGACACGGACCCUUUCAACAGCACCAACUUCCCGGAGCCCAGCCGGCCGCCGCUCUUCACGUUCCGCGAGGACCUCGCGCUCGGCACCCAGCUGGCCGGGGUCCACCGGCUGCUGCGGGCGCCGCACAAGCUGGACGAUUGCACACUGCAACUCUCCCACAAUGGCACCUACCUGGACUUGGAGGCCACGCUAGCAGAGCAGCGGGACGAGUUCGAAGGCUUCCAGGAUGACGCCGGGCGGGGCAAGAAGCACAGCAUCAUUCUGAGGACGCAGCUAUCUGUGAGGGUCCACGCCUGCAUUGAAAAACUGUACAACUCCAGUGGACGAGACUUAAGAAGGGCCCUUUUCUCCCUGAAGCAGAUAUUUCAGGAUGACAAGGAUUUGGUGCAUGAAUUUGUUGUGGCUGAAGGUCUGACAUGUUUGAUCAAGGUGGGAGCAGAGGCAGAUCAGAACUACCAGAACUACAUUCUGAGAGCUUUGGGCCAGAUCAUGUUGUACGUGGAUGGGAUGAAUGGAGUAAUAAACCAUAAUGAAACCAUUCAGUGGCUGUACACUCUCAUUGGGUCCAAGUUCCGGCUGGUGGUGAAGACAGCCCUGAAGCUGCUGCUUGUCUUUGUGGAGUACUCAGAGGCCAAUGCCCCGCUGCUGAUCCAGGCCGUGUCUGCUGUCGACACAAAAAGAGGAGUUAAACCCUGGUCAAACAUCAUGGAAAUCCUGGAGGAAAAAGAUGGGGUCGACACGGAGCUCCUGGUUUAUGCAAUGACUUUAGUGAAUAAGACAUUGUCCGGAUUGCCAGACCAGGACUCCUUCUACGAUGUGGUGGACUGCCUGGAGGAGCUGGGCAUUGCGGCCGUGUCCCAGCGGCACUUGAAUAAGAAAGGGACCGACCUGGACUUGGUGGAGCAGUUGAACAUUUACGAGGUGGCGCUGCGGCUGGAGGACGGCGACGACACGGCGGAGCCAGCCCCGCACGGGCGCCGGGAUCGGCGCAGGGCAAGCGUGUGUUCCGGGGCACCGGGGGAGACCCGGGGCCUGGACCGCAGGCGGAGCCGCCGGCACUCGGUGCAGAGUGCCCGGAGCCCGCUGUCGGCGCCCAGCAGCCCCUGCGCCCUGUCGGCACCUGCCUGCAAGCCCAGCCAAGUGCGAGACCUCUGUGAAAAGGAUGAGGAGGAGGAGGAGGAGGAAGAAGAAGAAGAACAGCCAAUCACGGAGCCCAAUUCAGAGGAAGAGAGAGAGGACAGUUCCUCUUGUCAGGGCAAAGACAGCCAGGCCAGCCCUACCUCAGAACAGAGCCCCCCAGAAAAGGAUGCUGCUUCCCAAAGUUCAUCCCUCCCUGCCUCCUCCAACACCAGCUUGCAGGGAAGGCAGCCUCCAGCAAGCACUGCAGCAGGGAGCUCCUUGUGCUGUGGGGCCUCUGGGCCUAGUCUGCUGUCACCUCCCACAACUGCCCCAGCCUCUCGACCCUCCUCCUCUACUCCUGGCCCUCCGAAGGCAUCACCCCCCCUAGAAAAGCUGCCCUACGUGCCCCACAGUCCCUUCCACCUCUUCUCCUAUGACUUCGAGGAUUCACCUAUCGCCUCCAAGGAAAAGGAUGCCGAGGCACAGAAGGAAAGCAGCACUUAUUCUUCCGAGCCCUACAACUUCCGGUCUUUCUCUUCUAAUAGAUACAGCAACUUUGGCAACAACUCUUACUCCUCCUCAAAACCCCCAUCCAGAUCUGCUCUGCCCACCACCUCCACAUCAUCGCUUUCACCCACGCAGGAAGCCAGACUGGACAGGUCAUCACCAAGUGGUCUUCUCACAUCAUCCUUUAGGCAGCACCAAGAGUCCUUGGCAGCUGAGAGAGAGCGACGGCGGCAGGAGAGAGAAGAACGGCUGCAGAGAAUAGAACGGGAAGAAAGAAACAAGUUCAACCGAGAGUAUUUAGACAAAAGAGAAGAGCAAAGACAAGCACGAGAAGAAAGAUACAAGUACUUGGAGCAGUUGGCAGCUGAGGCCCACGGGAAGGAGCUGAGGAGCCGGACUGCGAGCCAGGGCCGAGCUGACCUCUCCUUGGACCUGACCUCCCCCGCAGCCCCGGCUGCUUGCACCCCUCUGAGCCAAAGCCCUUCAUCUCCUGACUCCCAGGAGGCUCCUGGGGUCUCCUCCUCCUCCUCCCCAGGAGCACUGCAGCAUCCGACAGCGAGUACCAGGGAUCCUGAACCUGAAUCAGAGGCAGAAGCAGGAGCAGAGGCAGAGGCGGAACAGACUGCUGAUGAGGUCAACCCAGAAAUAACCCCGGCUCCCUUUGGAACGGAGAGCGAAGUGGAGCGAGCACUGGAACCAGAGCCAGAGGAGAGAGCCUCUCUCAGUGAGAAGGAGAGGCAGAACGAGGAAGUCAAUGAGAGGGACAACUGCUCUGCCUCCAGCAUCUCCUCCUCCAGCAGCACGUUAGAGAGGGAGGACAAGGAGGACAAGCCGUCCCGGGACCGGGGAACUGGCUUGUGGUCAGCCAGCGCUCAGGAUGCCGGUGUAAAUGAGCAGUGUGGCGACAUCCUCACCAACAAACGGUUCAUGCUGGACAUGCUGUAUGCCCAUACCCGAAAGCCCGUGGACGAGGAUGAGAAAGAGGAGGGUGAGGCCGGCAGGACCGAGCUGGGUGCAGAGGCAGUGGCCAGCUUGGCCAGCAGAAUAUCCACGCUGCAGGCCAAUUCCCUGGCCCAAGACGAGAGUGUGCGGAGGGUGGACGUUGGUUGCCUGGACAACCGGGGCAGCGUGAAGGCCUUCACGGAGAAAUUCAACAGUGGGGACCUGGGCAGAGCCACCCUCGCCCCUGAGACAGAGCCAGAUGACACGGUCUCAGAGAAAGCCCCGGCCCCGCAGAAGACGGAAUCGGACUACAUCUGGGACCAGCUCCUGGCCAACCCUAGGGAGCUCAAGAUCCAAGACAUGGACUUCACCGACCUGGGUGAAGAAGAUGACAUUGACGUCUUGGACGUGGACCUGGGUCCCAGGGAGGCCUCGGGGCCGCCACCCCCGCCCCCACCCAUCUUUCUGGGCCUGCCACCCCCUCCUCCUCCCCCCCUGUUGGAUGGUGUGCCCCCCCCUCCAGCCCCGGGUAAUUUAUUGGCUCCGCCUCCAGUGUUCAGUGCUCCUCAGGGCUCAGGGUGGCUCCAGGCCCCUAGGGGCCAGCCGGCAUUCACCAAGAAAAAGAAGACCAUCCGUCUGUUCUGGAACGAAGUGCGGCCUUUCGAGUGGCCAUGCAAGAACAACCGUCGCUGCCGGGAAUUCCUAUGGUCGAAACUGGAACCCAUUAAGGUGGACACGUCCAGACUGGAGCACCUGUUUGAGUCUAAAUCUAAAGAACUGUCCGUCUCCAAGAAAACUGCUGCAGAUGGAAAAAGGCAAGAGAUCAUCGUGCUGGACUCCAAGAGGAGCAAUGCUAUUAACAUCGGGCUCACAGUCCUGCCUCCUCCGAGGACCAUCAAGAUUGCCAUCUUGAAUUUUGAUGAAUAUGCCUUAAACAAAGAAGGAAUUGAGAAAAUUCUAACCAUGAUUCCCACUGAAGAAGAGAAGCAAAAAAUCCAAGAAGCCCAGCUGGCGAAUCCUGACGUCCCACUGGGCAGUGCAGAGCAAUUCCUCCUCACUCUCUCCUCUAUCAGUGAACUCUCUGCUCGUCUUCACCUCUGGGCAUUCAAAAUGGACUAUGAAACGACAGAAAAGGAAGUGGCAGAACCUCUUUUGGACCUGAAAGAAGGAAUAGACCAAUUGGAGAACAAUAAAACCUUGGGCUUUAUCCUGUCUACUCUCUUGGCCAUUGGGAACUUUCUAAAUGGAACUAAUGCCAAAGCAUUUGAAUUAAGCUACCUCGAGAAGGUUCCAGAAGUCAAAGAUACCGUGCACAAGCAGUCUCUUCUCCAUCACGUGUGCACCAUGGUGGUGGAGAAUUUUCCAGACAGCUCUGAUUUGUACUCAGAGAUCGGGGCCGUGACCAGGUCAGCCAAGGUCGACUUUGAUCAACUUCAGGAUAAUUUAUGUCAGAUGGAGAGAAGAUGCAAAGCUUCAUGGGAUCACCUCAAGGCAAUUGCAAAACAUGAAAUGAAACCAGUUUUAAAACAGCGAAUGUCAGAGUUCCUAAAAGACUGUGCAGAGCGAAUUAUAAUCUUAAAAAUUGUCCAUAGAAGAAUAAUUAACAGGUUCCAUUCCUUUUUGCUCUUUAUGGGCCAUCCACCUUAUGCAAUCCGGGAAGUGAAUAUAAACAAAUUCUGCAGAAUCAUCAGUGAAUUUGCACUGGAAUACCGUACGACACGGGAAAGGGUUUUGCAGCAGAAGCAGAAACGGGCCAACCACAGAGAGAGAAACAAGACCAGAGGGAAGAUGAUCACUGAUACUGAUGAAGAGGAUGAAGUUGAGUCAGGCAAAUUCUCGGGCAGCUCCCCGGCACCCCCAACUCAACCACAGGGCCUGAGCUACGCUGAGGAUGCGGCUGAGCACGAGAACAUGAAGGCAGUACUGAAAACCUCGUCCCCUUCCGUGGAGGAUGCGACUCCAGUUGGAGUGCGCCUGCGAAGCCGGGCCAGCAGAGGAUCCACUAGCUCAUGGACUGUGGGGACCGAUGACUCACCUAAUGUCACGGAUGAUGCAGCCGAUGAGAUCAUGGACCGCAUUGUCAAGUCGGCCACCCAAGUGCCCAGCCAGCGAGUGGUGCCACGGGAGAGGAAGCGAUCCCGCGCUAACAGGAAGUCAUUACGAAGAACCCUCAAGAGUGGCCUGACUCCGGAAGAAGCCAGAGCUCUGGGCCUGGUUGGCACCUCUGAGUUGCAGCUGUGACCUGCAGGUGUCCCUGAGAUGCACGUCCGAGCAGAAACCGAGCUCCAGUGAGGGGUGGGGGUGGGGGACAGGGGAGACUCUAUGUGGACAUGGGAAAGUUCUGAAAGGGGGUGUCCCCUUGUGGCCGUGUCCCCUGCUGUGCAAUGACUUGGCUCACCGGGGACCUCCCCCGUCUGCUUCCUCCGUCGUGCCAGCUGGCUGUGCUGCCUGGCUCCCGAGACCUUCUCUGCGUGAGGGCAGUCCUCGGCAGCCCGGGUCCCUCUCUUAGUUGCUUUGGGCUGAGAGCGACUGACUUGUUCCACUGCCGGGUCUGUGCGCCACACCAGCUUCCCGGAGUGGGGAAGCUCCACAGUGUCUGCAGAAAGUGGCGCAGGCAGUGGACUGGCUGUGGAUCUUAAAUGUACUAAAUGUCUAUACAGAGUCAUACAUGUACACCACGUGUCAAGUACUAAAUAAACGGAGUCUCAUGCCACCACGAGCACUGGUGUUCUCCUGGGCCCUCGGCAGCUGCACAGGUUCCUUCACCUGCCUCCAUGUGGAAGGACCUUGACUUGGGUCACCUUCAGACCCUUUGAAGGCGAGUAGCACGGCCACUGUGCUCCUGGAAACUCCUGCUUUUACAGGCCCAAGUCCUCACUGUGGCUCCCAUGAACUAUCAUUUCCUGUCACCUUGCCCUUGGACUUGGGUUUGGCUCCAUAGUGACAUUGAAAAGAAAACUCAGAGCCCCGUGUGAAAAAUCUGAACUCUUCUGUUACUUCUUGGUCUCUCAUGAACAAAUUCCAUUUUCUCAAAAAAUUGACAGUCACCGAAUGGAAAUGUCAAGCAUUGUCUCCAGAAAACUUCAGAAACGGCUCUAGUGCAGGUCAUCUGGGGCUAAGGUGACAAGAGGAAAAGGCACUGCCGGGGGGGUCUCCACAGAAGCCUCUCUGCCUGGGCUCUUGUGUUGAAGAACUGCUGGCUCCAGUGAUGAUGAAGGCACAGGUGAACUGCCGCAGCAGUGGUGGGGAGGCCACGACCUUCAACUUUGUCACACCUCCGAACCCUCUGGGCAUCUGCAUUCCCGAGCCCAGGUGUAUAUGAUUUAGAGACAACCUAAGGUUAUGUUGUCUGCAGAACCAAAGACAGUCCAUUCACCCCAUUGGCAUCUGUGAGUGUCCCCUGUUCUGCAACCCCACUCACUGAGAGACCCCGAGACUCUUUCAAGCAGGCCCCUGUUCAAUAGCACAUGAUCAACUUGAGUAGCCCAGGAGGGCCUGGAUCCUGGAAGUGCUGGGUCUGUAAUAUUACAGUGGAAUGUAUUGAAUCACUGUUGUGAAAAGGAGACCCGGAAGUAUUCAUGUUCAUUUCCUUAUGGUUCUAAAUAGCUUGUAAUAUGGUUUUGCAAAUGGUCUAGUGGCUUGUGAAAGUGUUUGCCUGUUGCAUUGGCAUUGAAUCCAGAAAUGGAAUCGCUGUGUCACUGACAUUGUGAUGUGUAAACAAAAGGAAAUGCAUUUUUGCUGCGUUUAGUUCAGCAAAAUACUUUGAUGUCCUGCCAGGAGCCAUUGGUGUUUGUUUUUGCCGACAGUUAUUGCUUUAAAUAAAAGGUCACAUUUGAA